AAGCCGGAGCCCUCAGCUGAGAUCCUCAUUAUGGGGACAACAGCGUGAGGAGGAAGCACCACCACCCUGCUGCCUCACCAUGAAGGUCCCUUUUAGCCUCCUCUUUGUCGGAUGGUGGACGGCUGAGCAGAGAUGGAUGGUUAGAGGUAAUACAGGACAACAUUAUUCCAAGCCUUCAAUCUCUGUGAGCCCAGAAGAUGUCACUCUGGGGGGGGAAGUCAGAGUCCACUGCGGCGAGGCAGACCACCCCGGUGCAAAUUUCUCGCUACUCAAAAGCAACCCAUCUUUGUCUGCUUUGUCUCACCAAAAGACAAUGGGUUAUGAGGCUGAAUUUAUCAUUUCCAGCGUCAAAACAUCAGAUGCAGGGAUCUACCAGUGUUUAUACUGCUUCAGAGCUGGCUCUGAACCUAUGUGUUCAGAUAAGAGUGAUGAGGCAUACAUCAACAUAACAGAUCCCAGGAUCCCAAAACCUUCCAUCAAGAUGAAACCGAAGCACCUGAAUGCUGUGCACUCAAACGUCACUCUUGAAUGCCAGGGCCAGGGAGAUGAUCUGAAUUUCUUCCUCCGUAAGGCAAACACCACGGAAGUAGCACAGGUCAUAGCACCAGCUGCAGCCAAAGCCAACUUUCGUUUCCUUCAGGUGAGGAUGGAGGAUGCUGGAAGCUACAUCUGCCAGUAUCACCACAAAGGCACCCCGUUUGUCUGGUCAGAGCCAAGUGAUCCCGUGGAGCUCAUUCUGAAAGAUCCCAGUUUGGUCCAACCCUCCAUCACAGUGAGACCUGAAGGUCCGCAUAAUGUUGGCAUGAAUGUCACCAUUGAGUGCAAAGGGCCCGAGAUCGGCUUGACUUUCUCCUUGCACAGAUCACAGAACCUCAAAGCAUUAAAGGUGAAGAAGCCAAAAGGUGACACAGCAACAUUCCCUCUAAAUGCAGUGAAACUGAAGGAUGCAGGGAAUUAUACUUGCCGGUAUUGCCACAGAGGAAAUCGCUUUGUUUCUUCAGAGCCUAGUGAUCCCGUACAAGUUACUGUGAGGGGCAUGUCUAAGAAAACAACCAUGACCAUCAUAUGGGCAAGUGUUGCAGGGGGACUUCUCCUGGUCCUCUUCUUGCUGCUGCUUAUCUUCAUAUUAUGCAAAAAAAGGAGAAAGUGCUCCACAAUCAAUGAAAGAAAUCAACCACUGAACAUGAUCCUAGAACAAGAUGCUGGAACAGAUCAUGAUGGAGUCACUUAUGCUAUACUGAACCAUCACUCACUGAAAAUCAAGCAGCCAGCUAAUCAAAACAGAGGCCCUGAGUCUUGUGUCUAUGCAUCAGUGGCUAGAGAAGGAAGCAGGGAGGACCAGUGUCGGCAAGAUGCUUCGGAGUAGCUGGGGGCCCUGAAAUUGCUCUUUUAACUUCCAUGGGUGCAUAAAAUUGAUUCUUGCAUGCAAAGCCCUCUUACUUUCUUCACAAAACCAUGGAUAUGAAUGGAUAACCACACAAAAACAUUAGGAUAAACCCAUGGCCUGUGGAGGCAGCUGGCAUCCUCAAGGUGUUAUUAGAGCUGCAUCAUUGACUUAAGGUUGCAGGAUCGGUGGCAGUUGCCUUUGUUUCUGACAUAUGCAAAUCAUGUUAUAGGCUAGAUUUUUGGCACCGUUUCUAGACAAAUUACUUUAAUGAAUAUUAUCAAGGAACAUUUCAAUUUGUGCUGCAGAAUCGAUUAGACGCCCUGAAGAUAGUUGAGCGCAUUAUUAUACCAUCAGUAUCAGAAUUGUUUAUUAAGGUGGGACAUAGCUGGAAUGGAUACUUUAGCAUGUGAAAUUUUUAAAAAUUGUAGAUAUAUAAUAAAAUAUUCUGGAUAUUCUGGAAUUCUGGA